UAGGUAUAAAAGGCCGGAGGGUCCUUCAUUUAUUUCUCUGUGAGCUUUUACAACCUCGCAACUCGACAUUUUUGUUCUUACUAGCAUCUGCCAUGAAGUUUGCAGCUUUGGUUGGGCUUCUCACUGCGUCGGUUGCUUCCGCUGUGGUCAUACACCACGAGCUUGACGCACGCGCGGACUUUCCUUCACCCGAAUGUGUCCCCUUGAUCAAGUACAUAGGAAUAUACCACAACAUCUAUGAUGCUUCUUGUGGAAAGUUGGUCAAUGACUGUAUCUCGAAUCUGAAUGGCACUGAAGAUCUGUGGAGCAAAAAUAGCUGCGUCACCGCUGCUACCUGUCAAGGUACUUAUCCAGUCGUGAAAUUAGCACAAUGUUACGACUCCAACAUCGGUAAUGCGAGUGAUAUUCCCCAUCUGAAUUACAACAUAUAUGCAAACAUUGUUGGUGAUUGCGCCUGGCAAGAAGGCGGGUGUCCCAUCACCUUCCAGAAUUACAUUGACUGGUUCUACGGGGCUCUCACGGCCAUCGACUCCACCGUCUGGCCUAGUGAUGUUGAGUUCGUAAGGACGAACUGGUGGAAUUACAUCCUCGACUGGACCUUGACUGGAGACACUCUCCCAUACACUAACUUCGACGAUUGGCUUUCACUACUCUAACACGUCAUGAUUUUUUCUCCAUUGAACAUCCUUGAAUCUUGAUGCACCACGGACUUUAGCACAUCUUGGACUCGUUAUUAUUCGUUUUACUCACUUUUCACCAACUUUAACUACUUGAUACCCCGGCGUUGGCCAGAUGCUUUAUCAGGCCACAAUUCCAUAGCAUUCCUUCCUUCCCGAUGUCAAGUUUUUUAAAAUUUGACGUUUGAGCACCUUGCGAUCACACUCAUUGAAUAAAAAACAAAGCUACCGUACGAUGAUGUCCGAAUAUAAAUUCGAAUUGAAGUGCUUCAUCUUCAAUAUGCUUAUUCGAUCUAGUCUUUAAUUCAGUG